AUGUAUGAACGGGCAAGCUUGCCUUUUGGACAUAUGGUAUCUGAUUUAAAGGAACUAAUGGACAAGGUGUUUCCUAACCUGAGGAACCAGUUUACAUACCACAACUGGCUGAAAACCCGUGCCAUUUUAGCUCCAAAGAAUGUGGGAGUUGAUGAUUUGAACUUUAAAUUUCUGGAACAGUUGCCAGGUGAGCGUCACAUCUACAAUUCCAUUGAUGCAGUACUCAACAUCGAUGAAGCUGAGAAUUAUCCAGUUAAAUUCUUGAAUAGUCUAACACCACCUGGCCUCCCACCUCACAAUUUACAUCUCAAGAUUAGGGCACAAACUAUACUGCUUCGAAACCUCGAUCCAACAAAGCUUCGCAAUGACACAGAAUUUAUAAUAAAGAAGAUGAUGCCAACAAUCUUGAAGACAACAAUUUUGAAUUAA